AUGGCCAAAAAGCUCAACCUUUUCACCCUUCUUCUCCUUAUAUUUCUCAUCUCAUUAUGCUUCGAGAAUAUAGUUCCAAGAAUUGAUGCUGGUAAGACUUCGCAUAAUGACCCUCGUCGGGGCCGGGCCCGUGGCCGUAGCCGUAGCCGUACUCGUAGCCAUGGACAUGGACAUGGACAUGGGCAUGGGCAUGGGCAUGGACAUGGACAUGGACAUGGUAAACAAAGUCACCAUGCAAUUCAUCAUCCGAUUCCCCAGGGUGAGGGAUUUAACUUCAAAGAUCGGGCAGGUGGGAAAUAA